AUGUCAUGGAAGUUGUCCAAAAAGCUCAAGGAGGCCAACAUCCUCUCUUCAAGCAAGUCGUCAACUCACUCUGCGCCUAGUACCGCCUCGAGCUCGUCGGCCAACAAGCAUGCGCCCUCUCCUGCUUCCUCAGUGAGCGGCGGACACGCUUCGCCCCUGCCUGCUGCACCACCCCAAGGCGUCUUACUCAUCAGAGUGAUCGAGGCGAAGAACCUCAACCUGCCCCAGGGUACAGCGCUACCUUCUGCAAUAGAGACUGCGCUACAGACCCAGUCUGCUCAUGUUGGCUCGCCUGGCCAAGCGACCAAAAAUCGCGAAAGCGUGCAGCGAAAGUCAUGCUGGUACUUGCCCUACCUCGUCCUCAGUUUUGACAAGAACGACAUUCUCGUCGACGCCUUGGGCGGACAACUCACCGCACCCACGUGGAUGUACAAAGCCCACUUUGAUGUGUCGAGACGAUCGGAGGUCGCGCUGUCUGCUUACCUCAGGACCACGCCGGCAGCGUCAGGCGACGAUAGAGAGGAUAUGGGCAACGAUAUCUUCCUCGGUGGCAUCUCCUUCACCCCAACUUUCGACUCAGAGCACGCUACGGACGCAUGGUACAAUGCCACUGGCGGAUCAGGGCAAUUCCACCUGCAAGUCACGUUCAAGCCGACCGGUAACGAGGGCUUGUCGAUCGAUGCGUUUGACCUUCUCAAGGUCAUCGGCAAGGGUAGCUUUGGCAAAGUCAUGCAAGUGCGCAAGAAAGACACCGGACGAAUAUACGCGCUCAAGACGAUCCGCAAAGCUCACAUCGUCUCUCGGUCAGAAGUGACGCACACACUCGCAGAACGGACCGUGCUCGCUCAAGUGAACAAUCCUUUCAUUGUGCCACUCAAGUUCAGCUUUCAGAACCCCGAGAAGCUAUACCUCGUCCUCGCUUUCGUCAAUGGCGGAGAACUAUUCCAUCACUUGCAAAGAGAAGGUCGCUUCAACGAAGAACGGAGUCGCUUCUAUGCUGCUGAGCUACUGAGCGCUCUUGAGCAUCUGCACCAAUUCAACGUCAUUUAUCGUGACUUGAAACCGGAGAACAUCUUACUCGACUAUACCGGUCACAUCUCGCUGUGCGACUUUGGACUCUGCAAGCUCAACAUGACUGAAUCAGAGACGACAAACACCUUCUGUGGCACGCCAGAAUAUCUGGCUCCAGAGCUCCUGCUCGGUCAUGGCUAUACCAAGGUCGUCGAUUGGUGGACGCUAGGCGUCUUGCUCUACGAGAUGAUGACUGGCCUGCCGCCGUUCUACGAUGAGGCGAGGCCGACUCGUAAUGUCAAUGAGAUGUACAAGAAGAUCCUGCAAGACCCACUCCGCUUCCCAGAGGAUAUGCCGAGCGAUGCGCGAACACUACUGACUGGCCUGCUCACGCGCGAUCCGGCGAGGCGGCUAGGUAUCAACGGAUCCGAAGAGAUCAAGAGGCAUCCCUUCUUCGCAAAACACAUCGACUGGAAGAGUCUGCUGGCCAAGAAGAUCCAGCCACCCUUUAAGCCUAGUGUGGAAUCCGCGAUCGACUGCAGCAACUUUGACACCGAAUUCACUUCCGAGCCGCCCAUGGAUUCGGUCGUAGAGGACUCUCAUCUGUCUCAGACGGCACAGAACCUCUUCAGCGGCUUCACGUAUGUUGGCAAUGAAAGCCGUAUGGAUAGUGUCACUGGACGUUCAGUCUACUGA